GUAGACCAUUUUUAUAUAUUUUAAACAAGAGCAUUUGAUUUUAGGCCGCGAAGUAGCUCUGAGUUUGAGUUGGAUUGGAUUGAUUCCUCUCUGAACGGUUGACUGAUUGAACCAUACUGCCUCCAUUUCAAUAUUUAAUUUUCAACGAAUGCGUAUUCGUCCUUUCACACACAUUCCCCUUUCGCCGAUUUCAAACAACCACUCACGCCGCCGCCGCCGCCGCUUAUUCUUCCACUCUUCCAAUUCCAUGGAUAAUAACAACCAAACUCAAACUGUUCCAAAUCACGUGCAUUACAACCACACCGAUCCCUCCAAAUACGCCAGAUGGAACGCUAGGGAGAGCUUCGAAUUCAUGCACGCAAGACCUUGGCAACGAGUCAAUGAGUUUUACUUGAAUACUGUCCGUGGAAACUUCUCUUUCCCCCUUCUAUUUCAAUCUCAGACCCUUCCUGAACAUGACGAUUCUGGAGUUCCAGUAAUUUCUGAUAAGGCUGAGUUGGAAAGUGGUGUAUCCAAAGAUCGCAGUGGGAAGUGGGCAAGAUUCAAUUUCAAAAUUGUUCUUUCGUAUCACGGGGAUUCUUUUGAUGGGUGGCAAAAGCAGCCAAACUUGAAUACUGUUCAAAGCAUAGUAGAAGCUUCACUUGGUAAAUUUGUUGAUGAAGAUAAAAUUCAACUGCUCAAGGACAAAGGUUUGCCUAUUGAAGGCUGUGCUGCUGUUGCUGGUCGAACAGACAAAGGAGUGACAGCCCUUCAACAAGUUUGCUCUUUCUACACUUGGAAGAAGGAUAUUAAGCCAAGAGAAAUUGAAGAUGCAAUAAAUGACGCGGCACCAGGAAAAUUAAGGGUCGUAUCUGUACAUGAGGUAUCGCGUGCUUUUCAUCCAAACUUCUCUGCGAAGUGGAGGCGUUACCUUUAUAUUUUCCCACUCACCGAUGGAUGGGAUAAGGGCCAAUGCAGCGGCAAUGAGGAGACUUCUGACAGUCUUGUAUAUAAUGUAAUUUGUGAUUCUGUCAGCAAGGAUGAGUUGGGAGAUGAAAAAAAAUCUUUUGUGUUCAGUGUAAGGAAGGUAAACCGGCUUUUGCAAAAAUUAGAAGGAAAAUUGCUGUCCUACAAGAUGUUUGCUCGUGAUACAAAAGCUUCAAGAAAUGAUGGUCCACCAACAGAGUGUUUUGUUCACCAUGCUCGAGCUAUGGAAGCCAGAUUGCCUAUAACUGAAAAUGGAGAAGAAACAAGGGUUAUGUGCAUUGAGUUGGCAGCUAAUCGCUUUUUACGCAAGAUGGUUCGAGUGCUUGUGGCAACCACAAUUAGGGAAGCUGCAGCUGGUGCUGAAGAUGAUGCCUUGCUAAAGCUUAUGGAUGCCACAUGUAGGCGUGCCACAGCUCCUCCAGCACCCCCUGACGGCCUAUGUCUAGUUGAUGUAGGGUAUGAAGAAUUUGACAAAGAAAAAUGCUUCAUUCUGAAAGAUUAGAGUUUUGUUAAGUUGUAGAAAAGUUGAUUUAUAUGAAGAUAUCAUUUUUUAUUGUAAUUUUUUUUCGUAUACAUGCAUUUAAUUAAAUUAUUCUAUAAUGCCAUUUUUUAAGGUUAGUUUCUAAAA